UGGAUGGGCAUUGAUGAGGAAAGGGUCAACAGUCUGUGGUGAUAUUUCAUAUCACCAACAUGUUGUUUGCUAUUUCUUUGGUUUUCCUCGCACCGGAUGUCUGUCAUACGUCCUCCUGGGAUUUUUCCAAGUGCAAUGUCUCAGAUGACAUGACCAUUUGGAAGUUCGCCAUCUGGAGGAAUCGAGUGUUCUUCGCUGUCCCGAGGUGGAGCGAUAACUCUCACUGUCAUCCAACCCUGCUGGAAGCCCCCUGGUACCCAGACCAUCCCCCAGAAUUUCUAUUAUUGCUCCCACAUGUCUACCGCUCCACCGUCUUCGCCUACCCCAGCAGGGAAAUUCAAACGUCCAGCAAACUCUGCAAAAAUUUGAUCUCGGUCGUCGGAGUGGACAUAGACACUCGAGGACGUCUCUGGGUGUUGGAUUCACCUGAGAAAACUCGAUGUCCUGCGAAGAUUGUUUUAUUCGACCUGAGGAAAAACGAGGAAAUAUGUCGGGACAAUUUGCUGGGAAUUUCGAAAGAGGGAUUGAAGAAUUUACUCAUUGACCCUGUGGUCGGACCUCGCGGGCACAGGGCAUAUAUCGGAGAUCCUGGAGAUAAUUCCCUUCUGAUUUACAAUAUAGACCACAUGGGCCUUCGAACCUGGUGGAAGACAGAACUCCAACUCCCCAGGGAUCACCCCAGAAUCAUCUCCACGGACCUCGCAAUAUGCCGGAACCAUCGGCUGUUCAUAACCGGGGCCAAUUCUCUCGAUCUCUUCAGUGUGAACCUGGAGGUCCUGAGGAACCAAGACUCCCAGGCCCUCGCACCACCUCAGACCACUAACACAACUUAUCACGGCAUAAAAAUGGGAGUUUCCUCAGGUCUACUCUGCGAUUCAAAGGGUGGCCUUCACUACUUCCUGGUCACAGAGCACGCCAGUGUUCGAUGGGAUACAAAACGCCAUUUGAAAGCAGGUAGUCACGCAGUCCUGUUACAGAGUGAACAGGCUCUCAGUCUAACGGAUUAUCGAAUGGACGUGCAGAGAAAUGUCUGGGGACUGGUGAAUGCACGACAUCCUUAUUUGGGUGAAUAUGGAAAUCGCAGAGCCACGGGGAAAUUGUCCGAUCGAGUUGUCAGAGUGUCUAAGUAUAAUUUAUUCGUCCCUUGAGGCGUCUGCAAUUGACGUGAAAUAAACUCAUCACUUAAUUGCCCACUGGAUUUUAUGAAUAAAUGCAAAUCUUUUGCAAUAGUCGUUCACUCAUUGACAAUUCACCUCGUAAAUGCGUAAUCAAUCAUUUCUUUCUGUCGAAUUAUAUCUGCCAAUCGAUUCGUUGGUCUGAUAUUAUGUGUAAUGGAUGUGGGUCAAGAGGCGUGUUUUAUUGGUCAAUCAUUGUAAUGAAGUACUAAAUCAUACGUUAUGGAAAGGAUAACAUCCUAUCUAAAGAAAGGAAAUUAAAUCGAGUUUGACUAUGAGGAAUUGAUGGAUUUUUGAUUGCACUAGGUGUUCAAUAGUUGAAAGAUAGUACGAGUCAAGUUUUUUUAGGGGAUUGGUAUGUAAUGGGCCAAUCUCUUAGACGAUUAAAUCAUUUGAUAAUUUUAAGAACGGCAUCUAAUCUAAAAUUCAUCGCAUGUAGUUUAAAAUUGAUAACUCUUUUAUUAAGAUGAUAAUGUCAUUGAUUCUCCAUUCUAUCAUGCGACUAGAAACGACAAGUUAGUGUCACUCGAUACAAUCAAAGAAAACACUGGUUAGUUUUGUCCAUAAUCAAAUCUCCUGUCAUGUGAAUUCAUUA